GGCAGCAGCGCAGAAUGAAAGCAGUGGGAACAGAAACACUAUGGCUGCCACUCUGUCUCUUACUCAGCUCUCCAGUGGAAAUCCUAUCUAUGACAAAUACUAUCGACAGGUUGAUCCGACUGGCAGCGGGCGGGUGGCAGCCGCUGAUGCCGCUCUGUUUCUGAAGAGGUCGGGUUUGGCUGACCUUGUUUUGGGCAAAAUCUGGGAUUUGGCAGACUCUGAACGCAAAGGGUGCCUCAACAAACAGCAAUUCUUCAUAGCGUUGCGGUUGGUGGCCUGUGCACAGAAUGGCCUGGAGGUGGCGCUUAAAAGCCUCAAUCUGGCUGUUCCUCCCCCCAAGUUUCAUGACACAAGCAGCCCACUGUUACCAGGUGGAGUGGCCAUCGACAUCCCCUGGGUAGUCAAGGCUGAGGAGAAAAUGAAGUUUGAUGCCAUCUUCGACAGUCUGGGUCCAGUGGGAGGGAUGCUAACAGGAGAGAAGGUCAAGCCUGUCCUGCUCAACUCCAAGCUGCCAGUGGACGUCCUGGGCAGGGUGUGGGAGCUCAGUGACCUUGACAGAGAUGGCAUGUUGGACAAAGAUGAAUUUGCUGUGGCAAUGUAUCUAGUCUACAGAGCUCUGGAGGGUGAGCCUGUUCCCAUGUCUCUACCACCUCCCCUGGUUCCACCCUCUAAGAGGAAAAAAUCCUCUGUGCCUCCUGUGAUGCCCUUGUUACCCUCACCCCCGUCCGUCAAAGACAGUCGCUCCUCCCACACUGGGACUAAAACCAUACCCCAUCCCCCUAAACCAGCCCCGGCACCCGCCCCAACACCAGCAGCCGCCCCUUGGGUGGUUUCCCCGGCAGACAAAGCCAAGUACGACGAGCUGUUCAGCAAGACGGACGGCGACAUGGACGGCCUGGUGUCCGGACCCGAGGUCAGAGAUAUUUUCCUCAAGACGGGCCUUCCCUCUGCCACACUGGCACGCAUCUGGGAGCUUUGUGACAUUGGAGACAUAGGGAAGCUGACCCGUGAGCAGUUUGCUCUGGCGCUCCAUCUGAUCAACCAGAAGCUGACCAAAGGCCUGGACCCCCCGCAGACCCUCUCCCCUGAGAUGAUCCCCCCUUCUGACAGACACAACAUCAAACAGAAUAACAUUGCCAACCUAGCAGCCGACUUCUCUGCCAUCAAGGAACUGGACUCUCUCAGUAACGAGAUUGUGGAUCUACAACGGGAGAAGAGCGGUGUGGAACAGGAGAUCAAAGAGAAGGAGGAGGCCAUCCAGCAGCGCACAAGCGAAGUGCAGGACUUGCAAGAUGAGGUGGCGAGGGAGGGCACAGAGCUUCAGAGGCUACAAUCUGAGCGUCAGAGAGUCCAGGAAGCCUUGGAGGAGCUGGAUGAGCAGAGGAACACGCUGGAGGAGCAGCUGGCUCAUAUUCGCCAGCAGACGAGCCAUGAGAACCAACUGAUCUCAUCACUGCAGUUGGAGCAUGAAGAGCAGGAGCAGAGGAUAAGCCAGUAUGAGGAGGAGCUGGUCCAGGCACGAGAGGAGCUGCUCAACCUGCAGGAGGAGACCAGGAGGCUGGAGGAGAAGGUUCAGGCUGCACAAGAGCAGCUUACACCACUGCAGGAGUCUGUACGUGACUCGUACACACAGGUAGCACAGGUGCAGCAGAAGCUCAAUGACCUUCAGGUGGAGGAGCGGUCUGUGACGGCUCAGCUCAGCUGGAAGCGAGCCCUGGAGGACAGCUCUCCUGUCAUGGUCAACGGUUCAGCAGGCCCCAUGGCAGAGCUGAGUCAGGGAGAUCUCUUCCAGCAAGACCUCUACCAGGAGGACCAACCUAAAGAGCUGAAGGAGGAGGAACCGGCCACUGUCUCCCAUCCACAGACAGAACAGUCUGAACCAGAACAGAAAGAAACUGUGGAUGAGAGAGAAGAGGAGGAAGAAGAGAAGGAGGAAGAGAGUCCAAAGACGCCAGAGGAGGAAAAGACAAAGUCUGAUGCCUUGGAUGAUCUGUACACUAGUCUAGCCUCCAAUGAGAUGUACGGCAAUCUAUCCACCUUAACCAAACCACGAGAAAACACUGUUACGGAACGCGCCAGCCCUGCUCCAGAGGCUGUAGACGAGGCUCAGGAGUCACCGAAGGCCAGUCCACCAAAGCAGGUUGCAUCACCAGACCCAGAGAGCAAACAGGACUCUGCAGAGUCCCCAGAAACCAACCCGACUUUGUUACCACCCCAGACCAGCCCCCCGACCCUGCCUGACAUGGACUUCUUCCAGUCAGACCCCUUCACUGACCAUGAUCCAUUCAAAGAUGAUCCAUUUGGAAAAGCAGAUGCAGCAGAUCCAUUUGGGGGAGAUCCAUUCAAAGGCACAGACCCCUUCGCUGCAGACUCUUUCUUCAAACAAUCCUCCGGUGCCCCCUUUCCCUCGGAAAACCUUUUCAAUGCCUCAGCUGAUCCAUUCGGUACCACUCCUGGCGCGGCAGAGCCAGACCUGUUCGCAGCUAAGCUGAACAACACAGCCACAGCAGCAGCCUCAGGUGCGGACCCCUUCACCUCCAAAACUACCAGUACAGGUUCAGCAACCAAGGAUCCGUUCAGCUCCACAGGGGACAGUACGGCUGAUUCUGAUCCGUUUGGAGCCAAAAUGAACGCUCUGGGGGAGGCAGAUCCUUUUGGAUCUCAAGGCAGCAGAGGAGGUGCAGAUCCCUUCAACUGCUCUCCGCCCAGCUAUGAAAUGGCAGUGAAGGACACCACAGCAGGCAAUGAUCCAUUUGCUCCAGGAGGUACUACAGUGAGUGCUGGCUCAGACCCAGAUCCAUUUGCUGCUGUUUUUGGUAAUGAAUCAUUCAGUGGGGGCUUCGCUGAUUUCAGUGCCUUGUCAAAGUCUAAUGGUGCGGAUGCAUUUGGUACCAACAACAAGAACCUGUUCCAUGACGACAGCCAGCCUGCCAGCCCCGACGUUCCCCCAGCCCUGCCGCCGAAAACAGGCACACCAACUAGACCCCCACCUCCCCCUCCAGGUAAGAGAUCCUCCAUCACCAGAACAGACUCCUCUGACUCCUUCCACCGACGAGGGCACUUCCUCUCCCAGACUGCGGGCGACUUCUCCUCAUCCUCUUCCUCCUCUUCUUCCCUACCUGCCAAGGAUCCCUCAGCCGACCCCUUCGCCCCUUCCUCCCCUCCUCGCCACAACGCACGGGAAGCUGACCGAUUUGCCAGCUUUGACAAAUACCCAACGGAGGAAGACAUGAUAGAGUGGGCAAAGCGAGAGAGCGAGCGAGAGGAAAAGGAGCGUCUCGCCCGGCUCACCCAGCAGGAACAAGAGGACCUGGAGCUGGCCAUCGCCCUCAGCAAGUCUGAACUCUCCUGAGGAGCCACUCCCCCCACCCCCGACCUCCCCACCCCGACCCCACCCCACCCCAAGUGGCCUGGCACGGCACAGCACAGCACAGCCUGGCCCAGUCCAGCGAGCACCAAAGCAAAGUGGGGACUUUAUAGGACUGAGUCAGCAACGCCUGAUGACCCCAUGAAGAGACUUUCUGAAACAAAACCCACCUUUGAUUCUUCCUCCUCCUCCUCCUCCUCCUCCGACUCGUCCUCCUCGGACAGUUUUCACUUCUCACUGGCAUUGCAGUAUCGUGUUAUUCCAUCCUCUUGCAGGAGAGCAUUAAGAUGGAUGUUAAAAGGACUUUUUUUUCUUGAAUUUGGUAUGCAGUGAACACAGAUCUAGAGAUUGUCAUGUUCCCUGGGUUUCAGCAUCAGGUUACCACAAUGUCGCAUUAUAUCUCUACAACAUAACUUAUUUAAACUAGAUUAAGAUUCAUCUCCCUAUCCACUAACCAUACUAUAUACAGUCUAGCAAUUCCAACCUGGCUCCAUUUAUACUAAAUCCUCGAUGACAUCACUAGCUUCCGCCUGUAUAUGACAGGAUUGUGUACGUAUGAGUCCCCUUGGAGCGGAGCGACCACCUGCCAGUUUUAUUUCCCAUUGGUAAAGUGCAGUCCGGUACAGUGGAGACGAGGCUAUGGGAUUGCUUUGUUUUAUUUUUCAGGACAGGGUCGUAGUAUUCAACAUGUGUAGAUGUUUAACUGGAAGCUACUCGUCCUCUGAGAUGUGAAACCCUUGUGCAGGUUUAUACUACAGAUGAACAAAUUUGUCAUAACCACAGUAACUCUGACUUAACCUCUUGAUACUUUAAUUUCCCUCUUGAUAGUAUUAAUGCCUUGCUUCGCCCAGUGUGAGCACUAUGUAUGACGGGGACGUUGAAAGGAAUGAAACUACAUUCGUGACAUGUAAUCACUGUUUCUGCUUUAUAUUUCAGGGCACACUACUGUGGGUUGCUCAGCUUACUCUUCACUUUGCUGGUUCAUUUACAGAUUCAUUCAGAUAUAACCAUUUUCCAAAAAAAAAAAAAGCACUGCCUUGAGUUAAACACUCAAUUUCUUGAAAAUAUAGAUGAUCCACUGUUAAAAAUAUUAUUUUUCCAACCAAAGACUUAUCUUACUGUCUAUUCAAAAGUUGGAUAAUUUGCUGUCUCUUGUUCAAAAUGAAAUUGUUCACUUCCGGGCAGUUUUCCGAGACAUUUUAUUAAUUCAGCCUGUAAUGAAUUUGCCUAAACCCACUACAGUAGCUGAGGCAAUGGUAAUAAUAGCAAUACUAACUGAAUAAAUGGCUUCAGGGUCGCUGAAAUAAUGUUUAAGACGUGAAGAAUGAAAUGCAGAAGUAUGGUGGCACUGUUUGAUUGUCUUGUACAGAAAAGGAUAUAUACUUGGGACAUUUCAAGACACAGAUACGCUCUGAACUAAAAAGGGGAUUGUAAAAGCGGAAAAGGCUGUGCUUGGAAAACUGUAUCCUUUACUGUUUGUUAAUAACGUUGUGAACUUUAUUGAUUCAUGCCGGGAAGUUCCCUCUUGGCUUGCCCCCGCCCUGCUUCUCUGGAAGGUCAGAGGUCAGGGAUGGACAACACACGGUUAAACAAAUAGGAUUCAAAGAAGUAAGCCUGUCAGAUAUUACAGUGUAAAUAACCGUUUAGAUGAGGUUCACACCAGUUCUGAGGGGCAGGCCUGGGGAUUUUGGGGCAUCCCAUUGCAAAGUCAUUGUUGCUGCUGCUUGUAUUAGCAUUUGCAUGAAUUUUUUUUUUUUUUUCCCAGAAUGUUUUGUGUUUCACUGAGGUGCUUCCUCCCCAGGGUGGCUGACUGCAUUUCAAAGUCUUACACAAACGAGGAAAAGAUGAUUGGCGUCCCCGGUGUUUUGCAGAAAGGCCUCUGUUGUCUCUCUCAGGCUCGGUGGGGAUUUAACUUGCAAAACCCUGCGGCGCUGCCAGAGAGAAGACAGGGAGGCGAGGGAGGGUGAGGCGACUGCACAUUGCACUGUGUCCACUGGGUUGGUAACAUCCACCAUCCACCUGGCGCUGGUUCUGUUCUCCUUCUCCUUGCAUUGAUUUAGUGUUUCUCCCAGGAAACGAUACAUAAACUAAGUUACUUAAUAAAGAGUGUUAAACUGUGACAGAAGGUUUUUGACAAGGGAAGACUUGAUUUAAAAAGCAAGAGGCCUUUUUUCACUAAUUUCUGACCAAACAAUGCACAACUUCAUGGACAACUUCUUUUUUUGUUGUUGUUAUUCAGGCUUGCUUAGAUGUAGCACCAUCAUGCCAUGUUUGUCUCAUAUGUGAGUGGUGUGCUGUCAGUGUGGUCAGUUCAGCACUUCCUCCUGCUGUCAGUCAUCCACACACACCCCAUCCUUUGUAAAUACGAGGGGGCAGCAGUCAGCUGUUCUCCGCUCCUCACUUUGACAGCUCACUCUCGUGGUCCCAGCACCAUGUUCUUGUAUUUAAAGGCCAGCAGGCACUAUCAUGUCACUUGUAUAGACGCCUCUAUUUUACAAAAUCAAGAACCACUUAUGUCUCUAGGCUUACCCAUAAAGGCUUUUUUUUUUUUUUUUUAAUCUAGCUAAUUGUAUUUUAUUUUGUAUUUUCUAACGUGUAAGAAGAAUCAUUAUUGGAAGGUUUGGUCAGAUAUGUUAUGCAUUCAAUUGAAAACAGAAUAAAUAUAAAACAGUA